CAUCUCUCUCUAAUUUUGUUCCUUCAAAAUCUCAAACCCUGAAGACUCUCUCUCUCUCUCUCUCUCUCUCUUUCCCUCUCUCUCAAUCUCUAUCUCUAUAUUUUAUGUUUCUGUUUGUGAAUAUAUAUGUAUAUGGUAGUUGAAGAUUGAAGGAUUUUAGCGGGUGAAGUAAUGAAAGCUCCAAACAUGGCUACGAUCACUGCAUCUUUGGAGAGGUCUCUUCAAAACUGUUCGCUAAAUCAUCAUCAACAGCAGCAGCGGCAGAGUAGGGGAGUUUUAGGGGAACAAGGAGAGAGGUCGUCGAGCUCAGAUGAUGCGGUUGCAGAAGCAGCACCACCGCCUGAGCAAAAUCAUGUGCUUCCCACAUCUGACACCACCUUGGAGCUCAACUCUCAUCUCUCUCUCCCUUACCAUUGGGAACAAUGCCUAGAUUUAAAGACAGGGGAGAUUUAUUAUAUAAACUGGAGGAAUGGAAUGAAAGCCAAAGAAGAUCCACGGGUAACACAAGAAUACAGUGGGGAUUUCUACUCAGAAGAUGACAGUUCAUAUGACAGUGAAGAGUCGUCAUCAGAAUCCUCUCCUUCAUCUUCUUCAAGAGAGCAUUAUCGGGUGCAGAGAGAAGACCACGUCCUUGUUGUCGCUGGCUGCAAGAGCUGCCUCAUGUACUUCAUGGUCCCAAAACAGGUUGAAGAUUGCCCCAAAUGUAAUGGCCAACUUCUCCAUUUUGAUAGAUCUGAAAAUGGCUCUACAUGAAUCGGAUUUCUUCUCUUUGGCCCUUAAUUGAUUUCUAUGGUUCUAGUUUUUAAUUCAAACAAACUCCUUUGUGCUUAAUUUUGAAAGUUUUUUUUUCAGAUCGAGUAUGUGGAAUUAAUGGUCAUGAAAUGCGUGACAAAUUGGGAUACUAGCUAGCCAGUUUUAGUUUACAAUUAUUUCUUCA